UCAACUACCGCACCUUGUGAGUUCGUACUUCAACCAUCCUGCCCUUUAUCACUCGCCGCCUGUCACGGAAGCAACAAUUCACGUAGCCACAAGUAUGAUCAAAUGCUGAGGAGGCAGCAUAAUGUCAUCAACCAACACCGUCGAGGUCAAGCCGUCUCCGCUUGGCGGCAAGGGAACCUUCACAACCAGAGCCUGUGAGGCUGGAGACGUCGUGUUUUCCCUGGACCGGCCGUUAAUCGCGACCCUCGACCGAGCUCGCAUCGCAGAUACCUGCUCCUGGUGCUUCAGCUGGACGGACCUGCCAGGGCUGUCGGGAGCUGGAAUCAAUCAGACAGCAAAAGUCAACUGGUGCUCGGGAUGCAAGAAAGUCAAGUACUGCAGCAAGCGCUGCCAGUCGCAGUCGUGGAAGGCAAUCCAUAAGCGAGAAUGCAAGGAGCUCGCGUCUCAGGCGGAGCCGCUGCCCAACACCGUCUUCGCGGUGAUUCAGAUGAUGGAGGGCCUGAGCGUGGGGGACCAGCGAUACAGUUCCAUCCUCGAGCUGGACGCCCAUCGAGAUGACUUUGAGAAGGCGGGAGGGCAGAGGUGGGAUUCAAUGCAGCUCAUGGCCACCACUGCCAUGUCCGUCAUGCGUGCGAAAGGUGUCAAUGUCGCGGGCGAGUCGGCCACGAUGAGCAUGUGUGUGCUGAUGUGUAAUUCAUCGCGUUUGGUGACGCCUACCUUUGAUCCGCUGGGACUUGUUCUGGACCCUGCCAUUGCACGGCUCAACCAUUCAUGCGAUCCCAAUGCUGUCAUGGUCUUCGACGGGCCUAGACUGGCGGCGCGCGCUCUGGCCCCGAUCCGGGAAGGGGAUGAGGUCUUGAUCAGCUACAUCGACAACACGGCACCGUAUGGGGUGCGUCAAGGGGAGCUGCAGUCACAGUACUUCUUCGAUUGCAAGUGCACGAAAUGCCAGCUUGGGAACAAAGCUGCUCAAGAUGCAUUCCUGGACCCUACUUCUGAUUUCGAGGAGCGUAUCAAAUUGAUUGACGAUCUUCUCCCGAAGCUGGUGGACGAUCCGGCGUGGCCACGACACGUCCUCGGUGAAUCGAAGCACGAGCAGCGGCUAUCUGCGCUGCAGUUCUACGCCUAUUCAUAUCUAGAUUCGCCAGAUGCCGCGCGACCAACGCGAGAUGCAGCCAGCCUUCGAAAGGCAAUUGCCAUCAUCCGGAACACGGGUGUCUGGCCUUUGUCUAGGCAGCCGCUCCCCGCGCUAUACCGGCAGUAUGCCAUUGCCUGCCUAGAGGGGAAGAGGUACAACGAAGCUUUCAUCGCGAUGCUGCGCCUACAUGCUCUCAUCGACCCCGUCGUCUAUCCGCAGGCGCAUCACCCGGUGAGAGUCGUACAUGCAUGGUCGCUUGCGACGCUGUCAAAGGCUAUCGGAAGUGAUCCGACUUCUGAGUUUUGCAGAGCAUUGCAAUCGCAAGGAGUGGAUCUGAGCAUGCUGUUCCUUGCGUUGUUGUUUGAAGUCGUCGAGCAAGUGGAAAAGAGUCAUGGGUCGAAGUCUCUCUUCGGACAAACGGUGGGAGGGGCGCUCCAGGCCAUGAUGGAGCCCGGGGGAGAGCUCGAUAGUCAGUUCUCGCUGAUGGGCGUGAGUAGGGAACAGUGGCCGAAGAUUGUCGAAGAUCGGAUCAAAGAGUUGUGGCCGAAGGUCCUGGCUUUUGCUGAGAACGACGACAUUGCCGCACAGAUCGACGAGGCCGUGGCGUGAUGGCAGGGGAGGUGGUGGAUAUCUGAAUUUGUGCUUGGGAGUGCAUCAGUUUGCAUCCAAAGUUUACACCAGCCGUGCAACGAGGUUAUGUUUCGUAGCGUCUCUAGACCUCGACAUGCUUGUCCGAAUUGUCGAGUUUCCGUAAUCUUGCCC